UAAUAGAUAAUAAAACUACCAUGACAGAGAGCCAGAGGUAGUUUCUCAUCAAGUUCACAGCACAACUUGCCAUUCUCUGGUCUUACCUUCCCUCUUCAUGCUUUUGAACGGCUUUGCCUCUUUGGCACUCUGAAACACGCGCACGGGCUUAACCGAAAAAUGUUCCCAUUAAUCACAACCAGAAUCUCUCAACCAUUUCCUUUGUCCCAUGAAACCCAGUAAGCAAAGUCAAUGCACCGACUGUUCUGCUCCUUCUCUGAGGAUCUAAGUCUCUCGGUGCUAAAGGAGAGGAUUUUUGGUCAAUGCUGAGAAAGAACGUCUUCUAACAGUGUCUGACGUGAGGAAAUUAUGCGUGUGUUCUCUUGAUGCUAGCUAGAGCUGCAGAGCAUUAGAAUUGGUUGAUCAAUGCUGGGAACGAACAACCUAUGAACUCAGCGCCGAACAAGUAUAUUUUUGUCUGUUGCAGGCAACCUUGCAAACGAUUGGUUAGAAUACUGCAAAUCAUAAUAUGCCUCAAGAGAGUCUGAAAUCAGCAGUGUAUAGAUCAUUUGUCACGUGCGACGAUCCAAAAGGAGUUGUGGAGUGUAAGACAAUGAGAAAAUCAAGGCCAAGUUCUCAGAAAAUGGACCAUAAGAUCGAAAGCCGAAGAAGUACAUCAAAGAACUCAGAUACAUCAUCCAUGGCGUACAAGGCAGAGAAAGAGGAGAUGCAGCAGCUCUCAAAAGGGUUCAAAAAGGACGUUAAUCAUAGUCCAUCUUCCUUUCAACUCAUGGAGGUCUCACGAGGAGUUCAGCAGCUGAACGGGAUGAUUGACUCAUGGACUAAAGGAGUGAGAUUUGAUGGGCAGUCUAAAGAUAUUGCGCAAGAUCUGUUGAAAGGAGCUCUUGAUCUGCAAGAGUCUCUAAUCAUGCUAGGAAAGUUGCAAGAAGCGUCACAGUUUAUGGCUGAGUUAGAAACGAAGCAGAAUGAGAAGUCAGAAAUGAGAAGAAUUGAUGAAGUGGGGAUUGAGAGAAUACAGUCAAGUGAAUUUGGGCAUAAAAAGCGACGGCUUUCUGCUGAUGGGUCUUCAAGGGAUCAUCACAUUGAGGAGCUUAGGAAAGUGAUCAGAGACAGCUUUGCCAGGCAGAAUCUAUUGCCAAACCCAACCACCACUGAAGAAAUGGGUUAUCUUCAUCUAAGAGAUUUAGACUCGGCUUCAGAAAUUCCUUCCACAACCUCUAGCCAGUCUUUGAUGGUUCGUGCAUAUGAUUUUGGAGCUCUACAGAAGAAGGCAAACGGCCCAAAUUUGAUUGCCAAGCUUAUGGGUCUAGAAGAUCUCCCUUCAAAACCAUUGCGGACCCCUCUCCAGAAACAUUUAGAGAGUGAGAGAAUUUUGAAUCAGCGAAGGCAUGUCUUUAAUAUUGUUAGGCCAAGGGGAAGGAAGCCCCAUUCAAAUGCAGAUCCAGAGCGAAGAACACUGAAGAAAAUACUUGAAACCAUGAAAUUCAAAGGACUUCUGAAAAGCAACUCUGUCAAAGAGCUUAAGCCUCAGUACUAUCAUUCCAACGAUUCCCAUUCCAAACAAGGGUUGAUUGAUGAGAUACCGCCCAUUGUUCUUAUUAAACCUUUGAUGGAGGAGCUCCACACACCAGUGCUUCAGGUAGAGGAAGCUUUGAACACAAAAAAGAUGCUCAGAAAACUGAAAAGAAAAGAAAAACUUCCCUCCAAAACUCACAAAGAAGGGGCUUUGAGUUCCAAGAAAAUGCAUAGAAAGAUGGAAGCAGUAGAGACUCCAAUCAAAACGCUUAGCUUAGAAGAAGGCACUAAGCAUAAAGAGGUAGUUAGAAAACCAGAAGAGAAAAAAGUCAAGUCGAAAGAAAAGGCUUCAAAUAAGCUGAAAGCUACUGGACCUCUAGAUCAGAAACUGCAGAAAAAAGAGGCAACCGACAAGAAAGCUCAUAAGAUUCAAAAAGUUGUUUCCCCCAGCGGGAAACCAUCAGAGAUGGAGAAUGUGAAAGCUAAAAUUGUCUCGAAAUCUGAAGAUCAAGCGAAGACCUCCACAAAGCCAAGAAAGCAUGAAAACGGAUCAAACAUCAUUAACAACCAGACUAGACGACCAAGUACUAUCCAAAACUCCAUCUCAAAACUCCCAACAAAAACUACAAUCUCUAGUUCCACUGAUCAGAAAAAGAAUCAGACGAAGAAGACGAAUCCAGUCAGGGAGCCUAUAGCAGCUAAACCAGUUAUCGAGAAUUUUGGAUCCAAAGAAGAUGACAAGAGGAUCAAUCUUGGAAGUGAAAAUUGCUCUCCAGUGAUAAGAACUGACACUUCUCUUGCGGAUCAACUUCCUAUAGAGGAGGACAAAGAUGCCUCUGAAUCUCAUAUUGAAGAGCAUUGCAGCAAUAGCCAGAGUUCUCUUUCUGAUGUCAUACCACUGAAACCCAAAUAUGAAAUAGAUGAUCAAACUGCAGAGGAAGCUUACAAUCACAUCUUUCAUAGUAGAACAGGUAUCAAAAGCUUCAAAAGUGGAAAUAAUCUUGAAGCUUUGCUCUUGAGCAGUCCAUCAUUCCUCAGCCGUGCGGAGGAGCUUUUUUAUCUCAAUGCGAGGAAUCCUUCUAGCAUCAAUGAUUUGGUAGUAGCCAAUGUCAAACUCUCUUUAGAAUGUGCAAAUGAACUCAUUGAACGUAAAAGCCUUCGAGAUUCACACACAGUCCAUCCUCUGUUGCUAACGAGUGUGGGCAACUUGAGAGUGUGCAUCUCAAUAGAUAAUUUGGUGGGGGAAGUUUGUAAGGGUGUGGAAAAUCUGAGAAGCUACAGCAACCUUGCUGUUGAGAGUCUUCCUGUAGAUGGUAUUUAUGCAAUGUUGGAGAGAGAUAUAAGUUGCAAUGGAGUGGAAAAUGCAAUCUGGGAUUUUGGUUGGAGGCAUGGAUUUUCUGUGGACGAUGCUGAGCAAGUAGUGAAUGAGAUAGAGAAGCUACUUUUUGAUGGGUUGAUUGAGGAGGUCUUUACAUAAUUUGUGCUUCAGCAUAUUCUCUAUGUUUGUUUGGGGACAGAUUUGAGAGGUCAGUGUAGCAAUACUGCUUUUAUUUUCUCUGUAUAUACAAUGGUGCAAUGCUUUAAUACAAGGCAGGAUAGUUGAAAAGGGUAAUUAGUAUCACAAGGUUAAGAUCAUAUUCCAAUAUCACGUUCUUAAGCAGUCAAAUAGAUAUCUUCUGACAGUGGAAUGUAACUUUGACUACUUAUACUGAUUGAGAGCCUGCAAUGUGUAGCGGAAAAUGUUUAAGAAAGAGGAAGUUGAGUAUAUUUAUGGUCAUUUGGAAACUUCUAUAUAUCGAGUCGAUUAUUUCUCUUGAA